AUGUGUGUGCGCGCGCGCGCAAUGAUUUAUAAAUAAAAAUAUACAGAGAUAGGUGGUUGUAAUCAAGUGCACGCACAAACACGCUUGUCAUUACGGGGUCCAAAUCCACUAUGUAAAUUGCAUCGGUGUCCUCUAAAUGACGCGCUGUUGUUGCUCGUAACGAUGUUUUGUACAAAAUAUGGAAGGAGACAUUGUACCUCGUCGUUGUUCGAUGUGCUUUCGAAAGUGGUCUGUUCUCGUCGCGUCAAUCGGAGCACCAGCUCCUAUAAAGUUAUCGAGACCAAUGGCGACUUAGACGCAGAUAUUGACAACAGUGUUUUGAGUAACUCCAACUGGGAGCUGUUAACACCGAGAGGUUUUCGAUUUUAUCUUCCUGGAAGAGUGGGACUCGCUUGGUUGGACGCUGCGACUACUGCCCAAGUGAAGACUCAGUUUGUCGAGCUCGCCGGCGAACAGGAAUUCAUAGAUGCUCUGAACGACAAAACUCAAUAUCAGAAGGAUGCGGGAUACUGGAACGAGCUGAGGCCAAUGAUGAACUGUGUGGUACAGGAGUGUCCGAUUCUUCUGCGAAAGAGCAUAAGGGAACUGUUCCCGGGAUGCUUGGACGGGAUAGCUUCCUCAAAUCUUACUAUUAUAACUCUCAAUCAGAAAGCAAAUCUCAAGGUAAUGAGAUGGCACAAGGAAGCAGAAACUGAGAAACUUGCCAAAUGUUUUGUUCUAGCAGCUUCGGAGAUAUGCUCGAAACUGAAAAUGAUCGGUUACUGGGCGGAUUUCAUCAAUCCCUUCAGCGGACAGCCCUACAUGAAUCCGCGUAAAGGCAAUCUGUACGAAACGGACGAACGAUUUCGCUGCGUAGGAUUUAAAAUAGAACAAAGAAACAAUUGCAGAAUCAUCGUUUCUGAUAAUAAUCUAAACAAUUUUAUUGGAAGCCUUUAUACGACGGCUCCGGCCAACACUGAGUUUUUAAAACAACUAAUACACAUUGAUAACGAGGACUAAUAAACAUUAUACGUAUGUAAAUAACAUAAAAAGUGUUCAGUUCACUCACAGAAUAGAUCUAUCUGUAAUUGUAAAAUUAUUCAUGCGUAUAUAUAUAUAUAUGUAUAAAAGUAUAAACAAUUGAAAGAGAGAGAGAUAUAUAUAUAUAGUAAAUCAGACUCGCCAAACAACACAAGCGUAAAUAUUUCUCCGAUUGUGCGAAUGUCUCCGUUUUGCCACAGGUAGACUUUUAUCUUUUCUAUUUAUAUAUAUAUCUGUAAAUGACAAUCGAUCGUUUGUCUAUAAUAAAAACGAUUGUUUUACGUUGUGUAAUCGA